AUGAUGGCGAUGAUGAUGACUGGCCGUGUGCUGCUGGUGUGUGCCCUCUGCGUGCUGUGGUGCGGUGCCGGCGGUAUAUGUGAAGAGCAGGUAAAAGUUGUUGACGGUGGCGCUCGCGGUGGUGGUAAUGUUUUGUUGGUAAAAGAAAAUGGAGCGACAGCAACACUAAUGCCAAGCGAGCAAACAGGUGUAUUGCAGGUUGAAGAAAAAGCGCCAAAUAAACGCGCAGCGGACUCUUCGUCAGAAGAAGAAGACAAAGAAGAAGAAGAUGAUGAUGAUGAUGAUGAUGAACCAGAAGAAGGUAGUAAAGAAGAAGCAGAGGAAAUAAUAAUAGAAGAUGGAAAAGGAGGAAAAGAAACAGUUAAAGAACAUCAGAGUCAAGGAGAAGAAGCUGCAGGUCGCUCAGUUUCUACAAAAGGAAUUACACGGAACAGUAAUCAGCAAACACUCCACACACCUUUAUCUACGGAGCACAAUCCUUCUCCCGACAGUCUGGGAUUAAAUCCUGAAAGUCCGCAAAAGAAUUUGUCGAAAAACGAUGACUCCGCCAAAAAUCAGCAAACAGAAGACAGCACACCAGGAGAGGAGGAUAAGUCGAAAUUAAGCGAAGGUGUACCAGAACCAGGCGCAGGUAAAGGGAAUUCAGGUCCUGAGCCCGGUAAACCAACCGAAAUUCAUGAGCCGACAGGCUUGUCAUCGGCUUCUUCGGGUGACGCUCAGGAGACAAAACACGUUGUGAAUGAACCUCCCAACGCCAGUCCAGGGCCUCUGGGCGGCGUGACAACGGGCAGCCACACGGAUGUUAAAACCGGCACGGAAGUUCACCCACCACCACCGCAAGAACAUCACUCAGCAGCGGUAGCUGCAGAGAAGGAAGGUUCCAUAAUGGAAGAUGCGGCCAUUCAACGAGGUGGAUACGAAAGGCCACAAGAAAAACUACCAGAAGCAGCAACAGCAGCGCCACCAGAAGGACUUCGCACAUCUGCGGUGAGAUCUUCGGAAAAAACAGAAGACGUUACUGAUGAAAAUGAAGAAAUUGGUGAAGAGAAUGCUGAAGAUGAAACGAAAAAACAACAAGAACAAAUACAACUACCGCAACAACCUCAACAAUUCGGAGAAAAAGGACAGCAGCAGCAACAACAGGAAGAACAACCGCAUGGAUAUCCCACAGACGAUGGCGAAGUACCCAAAAAAGAUAAAAACGCCGUUGGAACCAACAACAGUGAUGGCGGCACCGCGGUCUCCCACGCCACCUCCCCUCUUUUGCCUCCUCUUGUUCUUGUUGUUGUGUGUGCGGCUGCUGCUGCGGUGGUGGCCGCGUGA